CCGUAGCUACAGCAGCACGUGUGCUCUUUUUCACGGUUGAUUUGUCUGUUGUUUUAGCUUGAUAGAAAGGAAGCCGUUACUUGUUAUUUUCUUUAUUUUCCCAUCUAUUUGGUCAGAAUAAGCAGUAUGUUGUCUGUAGAUGUGCUCAGAGCGUGUGCUGUGCUGCAGGACUGCGCUGAUCAGCUGGUAGUGUUAGGAAACAUUAUACGCCCCGGAGCGGACACUCAGCAAAGGACCGAACUGCAUCUGAAAACAGCUGGACUGAUUGCUGGGAGCAGUUUUUCUGAUUUCACAGGAGAAUUAUACCAAUCCAAAAAGCAACUUAGCAUUCAGGAGAGGAUAUUUGCUCCUGACAACCUGGCCAAAGUGCAGAAAGACAGGCAGUUUGUGUCAGAUGUGAUACAUGGGCUAAUGGUUGACCUGCAGGAGAACAACUCUUUUCAGAGUCUCUUUUCUGCAGUAGAAGAGCAGCGAAAGAAGAAAGCCCAGCUUCUGGACAUAAUAAACAGGGAGGAAGAGGGUCGACUCAGGAUUAAAGCACUGCAAAAAGAGUUACUUGACAUUCACAAGCAAAAAACAGAGGAGUGUGAGAGGCUUGAAGAGUUGGUGGCCUACCUGAGAGACCAGGUACAGGACAUAAGGGUGCGGUCAAACCGACAAGGGAAAUUCGUGAAUAGCUGUGCCGAACAGCUGGUCUGCCAGGGACUGAAACUCAACAGUCACAAAGAGAAGGAACUGGAGGAUGAAUUUGGGAUGCUGCAAGAGAGAACUGAAGAGGAAAAGAAUGUUCACAUGGAGUUGGAGACCUUCCUGAAAAGACAGCAUGCAAACUUACAGGAGAAGUUACAGUUUUGGAUCCAGCGGUAUGAAAAAGACAUGGAGAAGAAGGAGCAAGAGAUCACUGCUCUACAGAAUAAAAGAAACAUCAGCCAGGCACGAAUUCAGGAGCUGUCCAAGAAGUGCAGAGACAUGCAAGAAGUUAUCAUUGAGGACAGGACGGAGAAGGAACGUUUGCAUGCACAGCUGGAGAAGGAGCAGAAGGAGAGAGAUGCAGCAACUAAGAUCCAGGCCUGGUGGCGAGGGACUCUUGUACGUAAAGGACUAGGUUCUCCUAAGAAAGACAAAUCCAAGUCUAAAGGUGGCAAAAAGGGCAAAAAGAAGAAGAAAUAAUGACUGUGACAUUAUAAGUUUUUAGUGGCUGCAAUAUAUAAAUUAAUUACAAAAGGCAAGCAAAUCUUUACAAGAGCAGCAGCAGAGUGAGAGUUUGUAAAUCAAAAGUGUAUUUUUAAGAUUUUUACUUCAUUAUCUCAGAGAUGGUUCAUGAGUCAUUACCAACCAGCAUAUUUGGAUAUUUUAUGUUUAAAACAGAACCGACUACAACCCCUGGUCAUUUUACCCAAGGGAAAUACUAAUUAUAGGUGAUUAUAGGUAACUCUAAAAGGUCACACAGGUUAGUUUUACUAGACAGAGAUGUGGGUUUAUAUAUAAACACAAUGGAAAUAAAAAUGAACUAGAACUGGUUAAAUUGUGCAAGGUGGUCUUCUUUCUUCAAAAAAAAUAAAUAAAUAACAGAUUUGGAGAAAUUUAGAUAUUUUCAAAUAAAAAUUCAAACAGUUUAUAAAAACAUCACAGUAGUCCACAAGUAAUCAGAAGAGAAUCAGUACAUCAAAAGAGCAAAAAUCAUCCACAUCAUGUGUCAACAUCAGUUCAGAAAUCCCUUGAAAAUCUGACUGAAAUGUAGAUCCAUUCCCUGCUGAUUUAGAUUAACAUGAAGAAUCAGAAGCACAAAGAAAGAAAUCCAGAGAAACUCCUGCAGUUCAGCAGGGAAGUGAUUGUGAAACUUAUUGAAGUGGCAAUAUGAGGAGGACCUGAGAGAGUGUGGCAUGUAUUCUGUGAUUUGCAUUGAGAUAUUUUAGGAGGAAUCUGUAAUUCAUCAGAGGAAAGUCUAUAGCUUCACCUAUACAAGUUCCUUGCCGCCUUUUUGCUAUUAUGUAAUAACAAAUGCUGACACCUUGAACUUUAUAGAUGUAGUCUGUAAUCUGCAUAAAGGUAUGAAGUCAUUGAGAGUGAGAACAAACACCUGAAUCUGCUCAUGUGGUUCCUGCUGGUCGUGAAUAGUUCAGAGAGCAUCAGGAGAACCACACAGUACAUUAAAGAGAAGAUGAACGUGGCACCGAAAUAUCCAUCAAUCUGUUUCUUUGUCUGCUGGAAAUGAAAGAUCUGUCGAGAUAGAUUCAGGAAUUUGUGAAAUCAGGAAAACAUAUAUAUAUCUGUUCAUUAUAUUUCAUCUGUACUAUAGAUCAGGGCUAGCCAAUUCUGAGUUCAGCUACAAGCCUAAUCAAAUACACCUGAACAAGCUAAUUAAGUAAACUUUGAGGGUCAGAGUUACCCAGUCCUGAUCUAGUAUAAAUGUUCUAUUCCCCAACCCUAAUCCUAACCCUACCCUACUAUUUUAGAUUUUAGAGCUGUUUUCCUCAUGGGGACCAAAAAAUAUCCCCACAAGGUAAAACUUUGCUGGUAUUACUAUCCUUGUGGGGACAUGAUGUAGGGAGUAACAGGUACACACGCACAUACACUGUAGAACUUUCCUUCAUGUAUUCCUGUCUCUUCUUGUGUUCAGAUGCCUGUGUUCUUACACUAGAUCCAAACACAACAAAUGCUCAUCUCAUCCUGUCUGAGGGAACAGAAAGUUUACAUAUGUGGAAGUGCAGCAGCCGUAUCUUCAUCAUUCUGAGAGAUUUGACACAUAUCUGCAGGUUCUGUGUCAAGAGAGUCUGACUGGACGAUGUUACUAGAAGGUUGAAUGGAGCAGCUGGGGUCAUGUGGCAGUGACGUAUAAAGGAAUCAGCAGGAAAGAAAGGAGUGACUGUUGGUAUGGAUACAUUGAAAAGCCCUGGAGCCUGUUCUGUUCUGCUAAUGGAUUCACUGUCUGGCAAAAUGAUGUGAGUAAUAACAUACCUGCCCAUUUACCACAAUCUAAUAGAGAAGGAGUCUAUCUGGCCAGCCAGAACAGAGUCCUUCUACAGUGUCUCUGGCACACACACUCACACUCUUACACAUAUUCAACACCAUAUUUUGUUUUAGCUCAUCUACAUGCUACUAUAUACUGUAUCUAAAUGUCAAUCAAAUCUGUUUUCAGAAGGUAUAUGCAUUUAAAAACUUUACAAUCCCCUACUGCAAAUCAAAGUAUGUGUGAAUGCCCAAAUCCAAGGUGUAUGGCAAUACACAUUAGCAUUUCUCUAUUUUGAUGGAGAAUUGUACAAAUUGCUGACAACUGGGAUAUUGUAAUUAAAUAUGAGUGUAAAUCCCAAGUGAGAGUAAAGCUUGAAAAUAAUCAUGAGGACUGCUUAUUGGAGGAAGCUGAGCUUUUCUGAAUGAUUUUCUUUUUGCGGGAUUUACUAGAGCACCAUUGGAGAGGGAUUUCCUUUCCCUUUGUGAUUCCAGAAGAUCUGUCCCAAUGUGUGUCAUCCCAGCUGACAUUAUGCUAACUGUUGUGUCUUGAUCAUCAUUUGUUUUUGUUGUGUGAUGACUUUGCUCCUGGUUCUGAUUGACAAACACAGCAGUUGAAUAUUUGUGCAAAAUCACUUCACAUGAUGGCAUGUAUCAGUUAUCAUCUGUUAUUGUUUGUGAGUGUUAUGGAUAGUCUGUAUUUCUGUGUGGGUUUUGUCAUGUUUUGGUUCUUUGACCUUGUUUUCAGUUUGUUUCUGUGGCAGUUAAUUGUUUUAUUGAUUGGCACACCUGGUAGUCAUCACUUUGAUUGCUUUGGUCUAUGUAUUUAAGUCCAUUGUUUUCCUCAGUUCUUUGUCUUCUUUGGAUAUGUUUUGUUCAUGUGUUGCAAGUACCAAUAUCUUGAUAUUUUGAGUUUUUGCAAUAUUAAAAUAUUGCACUUAGAUCCUGACUUUUAUCUUCAAUACCAGCAACCAACACUGACAGAAAGACAAACCUUGGUUUUCUGGACAUUCCUCAAAGGGAAGACUAGAUUGUGUUUGCCUUUAAACAAGCAUCUAGGAACAUGGAGGACAUGGUGUUGGUACCCCUCAACAAUGGUUCCCCUUUGCAAAAAUGAGAAAUUCAGAGUGCCAGCCAGCUACCACCACCCCAGUGAAUGCAAAGACAGAGCCCACUGCAAACAGAGACUUAGCCUGCCAUGAUGAGUUAGCCAGAGAAGAGGAAUGAGCCGAUCAUCGCCCUGGAACCAGAGCUUCCCAGAGAGUCUGACCGGGUGUGUGAGCUGGCAAAACUGUGUUCCAGUGGGUGUGCUUGUGGCUUCACCUCAGUGCUCCAAGCCCUGGACUCCAUCUUGGCCUUCUGACACUUCAGCUCCUUCUUGGUUCCACACUCCCUCAGCUCCAUCGGGGUCUGUCAGUCUUCAGACUCCACUGGUCUCCCUCAUUCCUGUGGCUCCAACUUGGUAAGUCAAUGCCCUGCUUCCACCUUGGUCUUCCACUCCUCUGGCUUUGCCUCAUCCCUCCAUCUUUCUGGCUCUACCUUGGUCCUCUGUCGCACCAGCUUUCCCCCGGCUUGCCAAGCCCCCAUCUUCACCUCAGUCUUGCGAGCCUGUGGCAUCGGGAAUGACAUCUUCCUGAGCAGGAUCUACACACAGGCCAACAUCAUAGGAGAGAGUUAAGGGGCAAAUGAAGCACUGUCUUUGCAGGCAUCUGCUGGACUUCUGAAUCUUGAACUGGAGCUUGUGUAAUCUCCAAUUACCUCGGGAUGCCCAUCCCAUGGAAGAAACCGAAAAGCAGAAGAAAAAUUAGUGAAGCUGCUGUUCUUAACAUUUCAAGCAAAGAAUGAUAAUGUGCAUUUGAUCAGAUAUAACUGGAGUACAAUGUUUUGAGAUAUGUGAACUUACUGGGUAGUGAGUAUAGUGACUGUAAAAUGUGGGUAGUAGGCUAUAUGCAUAUUUUCUUUAUCUGGUAAGGACUCUAGCAGCUGUGUUUUUGACUACCUGUAGCUUCUUUAUUAAAGAUGCAGGACAACCACCCAGCAGUGCAUUACAAUAGUCCAGUCUUGAGGUCAUGAAUGCAUGAACUAGCUUUUCUGCAUCAGAAACAGGUAACAUGUUCCGUAGCUUGGCAAUUAUGGAAGAAUGCUGUUUUUGUAAUGUGAAAUAAGAUUUUCAAAAGACAAGUUGCUGUCUAAUAUAACACCCAAGUUUUUGACUGUAGAGGAAGUAACAGUACAUCUGUCUAAAUGUAAAUUGUAAAGAGAUUUUGUGUACUUUUUUUUUUUUUUUUUGGUCCAAUAAUAUCUCUUUCUUAUCCAAAUUUAUGAAGAAUGGGUAUUACUGUUGUACCAUGGUGCAGUGCGUUUCUCUCUAACCUUUACUUUGACGGGGACAACAGCUUCUAAUGUAUUAGAGAAGAUAAUGCCCAUAUUGCUAGUCAUUUAAUCUAGUUCAUGUGCAUUUACGGGUGCACAGAGCAGUUGAGACAAAUCAGGCAGGUUAUUUGUGAAUCUGUCUUUAGUGGUUGGAAAAAUAGUUCUACCCAGAUGAUAACAUGGAAUGAUAUAGUAAUACACAGUAUGCGCUAUACAAGGUUGUGGUCAGUAAUAUCAUCACUUAGAGGUAAUAUAUAUAUAUAUAUAUAUAUAUAUAUAUAUCAGUAUAAUCAAUUCCAUGUGAUACAAUUAAAUCUAGUGUAUGAUUAAAACAAUGAAUGGAUCCGGUGACGUUUUACUUGACCCAAAAAGAGUUUAUUAAGUCUGAAACGCAAAUCUUUGUAUUGUAUAUGUGAAUAUUAAAGUCUCUAACAAUUAGCGCUUUAUCAACAUUCACCAACAAAUCUGAAAGGAAAUCUGCAAAAUGUAAAGUUUUGUUCAUCUUUCAUGGUCUGGAUGAAAGCAAAAUGACACUAAUGAAACUUCAUCAGUAGGUGCGUUGAUGUCAAACCUUAUGAAAGGGGAGCUGCUUUCCUCUGCUCUCCUCUGGACCACCUUCAGACCAGCAGCAGCCAAUCAGAUUCCCUUCAAAUACAUCAACAGGCUGAGAGAAAAUCAGGGACUCAAUAGGCCUUGGAAGGAGGAAUAUUUCAGGAAGAGAAUCAGUAAUGAGCAUCAAGUAAAUGAAGCCCUUGAGAGUGAGAAUGGACACCUGGCUCUGUUCCUGCAGUUCCUGCUGGGCAUCUCACUGGAGUCCAAUCAGAGAUUCUUACAGGACUCAGAGAGCAUUAGGAGAAGCACACAGUACAUUUACAUCAAAGAGAAGAUAAAAGAAGCAUAUGGACUCUCUACUGAAAGAUCCAUCAAUCUGUUCCUCUGUCUGCUGUAAGUGAAAGAUCAGACUCUGUCGAAAGAUAUUCAGGAGAUUGUGACAAACAUUCAAAGCAAAAAAUCUGUCCUGCUCACUGCUCAACAAUGGCCUACAUGCUUUACAGUAUGUGUCAGAGGAGGUAUUUAUGAGCUGGAUCCCAUUUAAAACACACACACACACACAAACAUCAGAUAAGGGUAGAAAAAGACUGCUGUCAGCUGUGUUCAACUGCAGUGUUUUGGUCAAGCUCAGGUAAAUACAUUUAAGCAUUAUGAAGCAAAACUAACGAAAUGAAGAGCCAGAAAAGUACAGGAAUAAAUCAACAGCAGUUUGAAAGACUUAUG